GGAUUCUAUGCUAGUUUUCUAUUCAAAAUUACACCAAGAUCUUUGAAAUUAGGUGACCAAGGAAUACAUACUAUUAUUGUAAAGUUUUAAAUGAUGAUUGGCGAAGAGGACCGCUGUGCUUCUGUGAUGGGGGCUUAAUUUAAUUUUCUAAUUUUCUCCUUACUUUUAAAUUUUAUUCAGGCGUGUUUGAGUAUGUUGUAUUAUUAUUUUGACAUCCUUGUAGAGCUUGAGGAUAUAGCACUGUUGUCGGCAUAUAGUGAUAAUUCAGUAUUAUUCGUUAGAAGGAAAUCCGAAACGUAUGAGUUAAAAAGUAAAGGUGAAAUUGUUGAACCUUGAGGGACGUGUCGUAUAAGUUAUCAGUAGGUAUGAAUUAAUUAUCGGUUAUGAUUUAUUGUUAUAUAAUAGGUAUAUAUUUAAUUGGAUGUUUAUUCAUUAGAGUUAUAAAUAAGUUUGGUCACGCUAAAAGUACGUUAUUUAGUUGUUUGUGUUUUAUAUUUGUGUUGAACUUACGCUGAGUGACAAGGACGAAAUAAUUUAUAUUUGUUUUUCGCAUAAUACGGAGGGUAAAGUUUUUCACAUAGCUUACUUUUAUGUUUACGAGCAGACUUUGGAUAGGUCAGGACAUUGAAACGGUUGAAUAUUAGCCAAGUUUUAGACUAGCUUUAGUCUAUAGUUGCCUGUGAUUUUACAUUUCUUAUUUUUUUGUGAUGAAUUUGUGUGGAAGAACGAACUGUUGAACAUAAUAUUUUUUGUUUUACAUAUAGUAGUCUCAGUGUAGGGGAUUUUCAUACAUAAAAAAAAAAUACCGAAAUGGAUUCAAAACACGAAAAACAAUAUAUUUUCAAUAUGAAGUUGGCAAAAAUUAUGGGCCUAUAUCAAAUUUUAACUCCAGAUUCAACUUCAAUUUUUGGCUACAAUAUAUAUCACAUUGUUAUUGUGUUUUUUGGAUCAUUCAUGUUCAUCAUAUCCAUGUUGUUUCCAAUUGGUCUGCUAUAUUUAAGAAACGAUAUGAUUGCGUUAAUGUAUUACAUGGGUUGUAUAAGCAAUUUUAUUUUAUCCAGUUACAAAAUGGGUAAUAUUCUUUAUUAUUCCAAGGAUAUAUGGAAAUGCAUUGACGUCACAAAUUUUUACUUUAUUUCAUACAAACAUUACGAUAGAAAUUUAUUUAAAAACUGGCAAACACGGUCCAUACGAAUUACAUAUAUAUACAUUGUAAUAGCAUUAUUCGCUUUUUUUUGUUGGAUCUUUAGUCCAUGCGUUAUGAAUAAAUCUAUCAUUACUAUUAGAAACAUUGACGGUUCAUAUAGUAGAUACCGAAUGAAUAUUUUUAAUAUAUAUUUAAUAGCGUCCCAUGAAACAUAUAACACGAAUUUUUACAUAUUUUAUAUUAUUGAAAUAAUAGUUAGUGUUUGCUAUGUAUACUUUACUAUAAUAUUUGAUGUUUUAAUGCUUCUGAUAUGUUUUGCGAUAUCUUACCAACUGGAAACAAUAAGUAAUACAAUCAAAUCACUCGGAUACAAUUUAUCUAUACAGGAUAAUAUCGGGAUUAGUAAUUCAAUACAAUUAAAAGAGAAAUGUGAUAUAAUAUAUAACGAUUUAAUAACGAUAAUAACAGACCAUCAACACGUCAUAAAAAAGUUAAACGAUUUUUAUAACAUGUUUCGGUUAGUAACGCUAACUCAAAUAUUUAUAGCUUCAAGUUCACACGUAUUUAUUUGGUCUAUAGGUGCAAUGAGUAUUGAUGAAGGUGAUAAUGCAGAUUCAAUAUUGUCAUUUAAAUUAUUCAUUGUACUCCCUCUCAUAAAUUUUCAAUUAUUUAUGACUUGUAGUUUAUUUGGAACUAUAAAUGAAAAAAAAGAUUCUAUUAUUUUUGCAUUAUAUAGUAGUAAUUGGACUGAUAUGGAUUUAAAAAGCAAAACAAUUAUUUUGUUUGGGUUGACAAUGAAUAAUGCAAACCAGUUAAAAAUGAAGUUUACAAAUACCAAAAUUGUUAAUUUGGAAAUGUUCAGUCAUACGAUGCGCUUUUGUUAUUCAAUAUUUUCAAUGUUGGUUAAUGUGGUUUUUGAAAAUAUUAAGAAUAAUAUUAUAAUGGAUUCAAAGGCAUUGAAAAUUUUAAGACUUACAGGCUUAUAUCAAAUUUUAGAUCCUAAUACUGCUAAAAUUGAUGAUUGUAAUAUAUAUCACAUCGUUAUUGUGUUUUUUGCAUCGUUCACAUUAGUUGUAUCUAUGUUGUUCCCAAUGGGUUUUAUUUAUUUAAGAAAUGAUAUCAUCGCGUUAAUGUUCUACGUUGGAUGUAUAAGUAAUUUCAUGUUAUGCUGUUUCAAAGUACUCAAUAUUUUAUAUUAUUCCAAAGAUAUAUGGAAAUUUAUUGAUGUUACAAAAUAUUACUUAACUUUAUAUAAACACUACAACACUAAUGUCUUAAAAAACUGGCAAACAAGAUCUACACGAAUUAUGUACCUAUAUAUUAUAAUAAUGUUUAUUGGUUUUUGUUUUUGGUUUUUUAGUCCACAUAUACUAAAUGAAUCCACAGUUACAAUUAGAAACAUCGAUGGUUCAUACGGAAAAUACCGAUUGAAUAUUUUUAAUUUAUAUUUAAUAGUGUCAGAUGAAACGUAUAACAUGUAUUUUUAUGUAUUUUAUGUCAUCGAAAUAAUAAUGCAAAUUUGCUUUUUAUAUUUCACAAUCGUUUGUGACAUUAUUAUGAUUUUGAUAUCUUUUGAAAUAAUUUCUCGAAUGGAAAUAAUUUGUAUUGCAUGUGGAUCAUUGAACUACAAUAUAAUAUGUUCAAAAGAAGGGUUAAAGAAGAAAUUCGAUGUAAUACAUGAUGAUUUAAAAAUUAUAAUUACAGAUCAUAAAACUGUCAUAAGGAAGUUAAAAGAAUAUUAUACAAUUUUUCGGCCAGUUACUAUUAUUCAAAUAUUUAUAACAUCAAGUUCACACAUAAUUAUUUGGUUUGUUGUUGCAAUGAAUUUUGGUGAAGGCGACAAAGGUAAUUCUAUAAUCACUAUUAAGUUGUUUGCUGUGCAUCCUUUAUUGAGUUUUCAAUUAUAUAUGAUGUGUUAUUUAUUUGGAUCUAUGAAUGAAAAAAAAGAUUCGAUCAUUUUUGCAUUAUAUAGUAGUAAUUGGACUGAAAUGGAUAUAAAAUGUAAAAAGAUGAUUUUAUUGGCUAUGGAAAUGAACAAUGCGAAUCAUUUAAAAAUGAAGUUCACAAAUACCAAAAUCGUUAACAAGGAAAUGUUUACACAGGUAAAUAUUACAUCACAUAUUUACAAGGUGAAUUACAAAAUGAAUGUGUUCUAUUACUUGUAGUAGAAUAAAAAUAAUAAACUCAAAAUUAAAAAAAAAACGAGUAGUGGUUAGAAUUUCAGGUAUGUAAGAAUGGAAAGAAUAUCAAAGGGGUUGUUAAUAAGUGAUCGAUGAACUAUAAUACUAGUAUGUGAUAAAAAGGAUAGAACGUGACAACGUAUAUAGUGUUUCACAUAUUUUUUUAUAGAUAUCAUGGUAACGUAGCUAACUUGUGAUAUUAGAAAUAUUAGCACAUGUUAAUCGGUAAUAGACUCGUAAUAAUAUAAUGUGUUAGUAGUUAGUAGUUAUACAUGUUUGAGUCUUUAUGGUCAUCCCCAUAUGGAAGUUAUAUGAUUUUUUUAUCGUGCGUAUU